AUGGGUUGCUGUUCAUGUGAUUGCUUUGUCUACUUCGUCCUCUCUAUUGCUUUGGCUUUCAUGGCCGUCUCCACCACGCUACCUCCACGUCCAGAUUCCAACAUCGCAAACCCUAACAGACCGAUUAAUCAUCAUCAUCCUCUCUCUUUAAACGCCUCAAAAGCUCUAAGUCAAUCCAACUUCAAAGCAAUCGCCACUCUCCUCCACGUCUCUCCUGAGAUCUUCCUCUCUUCUUCUUCUUCUCCCAACACCACUCUCUUUGCCAUUGACGACUCUUCCUUGUACAACACGUCAUCUCUCCCUCCUCUGUUUCUGAAACAGCUUCUUCAGUAUCACACAAUCCCUCUGAGGCUUCCCAUGAAGGACCUCCUCGAGAAGCGUCAAGGAACAUGUCUCCCUACCCUUCUCCGUCACCAGAGCGUCCAAUUCUCCACCGUUGACAAAGAAUCAAGAACCGCAGAAGUGAAUCAUGUCAUGAUCUCACAUCCGGACAUGUUUCUUGGAGAUUCUUUGGUUAUUCACGGAGUUCUUGGACCCUUCUAUCCUAUGCAGGAUCAUAUCCUUCAUUCAUCUUUAUGUCAAUCUGACACAAACAAGACCAUUGUAGACGAAGAAGAUUCCCUCCCGGUUAAGAUAGAUUGGAAUAGGAUCAUUCAGCUGCUAAGCUCAAACGGUUUUGUCCCAUUUGCAAUCGGAUUACACUCUGUUCUCAACAGAAUCAUCGCAGAUCAACAACACAAGAACAUGACCGGAGUAACGAUUCUAGCCACACCGAGUCUGGUCUCACUGUCCUCUGCCUCUCCGUUGCUCUAUGAAGUCAUGAGACGUCACAUUCUUCCUCAACGACUCACCAAUAAAGACUUCUCUUCAAUACCUGAUAAAGCCUUACUCAAGACGCUGGAUCCUUACCACGAUCUCAUAAUCACCAGAAGAGGUCAUCUAGUUAACAAUUCAUCGUCACAGUCACAGUGUUUGAUGAUCUCUGGAGUUGAGAUUGUAGCUCCAGAUAUGUUCUCUUCUUCCAACUUUGUAAUCCAUGGAAUAUCACACACUCUAUAG